CUCCUCUUCUUCAAAAAUGUCCCAACGAGCAAAACUUUCAAGUGAUACUUUACUGUUGUUAUUACUGUUGUUUUCAUCUUACAGUUUCUUUCGUUUUGCAUAUGGUUCUUCUCUUUCUUCAACUGAUAAGAAGCAACAGUUACAAGAAGUAGAUGCUCUUUUGAAAUGGAAAUCAAGCCUUGUGAAGCAAACUCAUUCUCUCCUUCCAACUUGGAAGAUAAAUUCUACUGCGAGCACGACGACUCCAUGCAGGUGGUAUGGAAUCACUUGUAACAAAGACGGAGGCGUCACCGAAUUGAAGAUAACAGGUUUGGGUUUACAAGGUACGCUGCAUGGUUUUAACUUCUCAUCUUUCACCAAUUUCGUUAGCCUUAACUUGAGCUACAAUACACUCUUCGGUACCAUCCCGUCCCAAAUCAACAAUAUUCCAAAACUCACCUCCCUUGAUCUUUCUGUCAAUGAAUUUUCUGGACUUAUUCCACCAGAAAUAGGCGCUCUCACAAGUCUGCAUAAGUUACAUCUCUCUAAAAAUCAAAUUAGUGGUUCACUGCCUAUUUGUAUAUGCAAUCUGACUAAGUUGACUAGUUUAUCAGUUUAUGAAAAUCAAGUCUCGGGAGCUAUUCCACAAGAUAUCGGAAGGCUAAUUUUUCUUACCUUCUUAGCUUUGUCCGGCAACAAGCUCACUGGUUCAAUCCCCACUUCUUUAACAAAUUCGACGAGAUUGGACGCUCUUUAUCUGCAUGAUAACCAACUUUCUGACAUCAUUCCUCGAGAUAUAGGAAUGCUAAGCUCUCUUACACUCUUAUCAAUUCAUAAUAACAAUAUGAGUGGGUCAAUCCCUGUUUCUUUAACCAAUUUGACUCGCUUGAACACUCUUACCCUAUAUCAUAACCAACUUUCUGGAAUAAUUCCCCAAGAUAUUGGGAAACUACACUCUCUUACAGGCUUUGAUUUGUCAGAGAACAAGAUCACUGGUUUGAUUCCUACUUCAGUAUGCAAUUUAACCAACCUGGCCUAUUUAUCAUUUUUUAAAAAUGGGCUUUCAGACAUCAUACCUCGAGAAAUUGGUGGGCUAAGGUCUCUUACUGUGUUUUCUUUGUACAGUAACAAUCUCAUAGGUUCAAUCCCUGCUUCUCUAACCAAUUUGACUAUCCUAGACACUCUUUCCUUAUGGGAUAACCAACUUUCUUGCAUCAUCCCUCAAGAUAUAGGAAGGCUUCGCUCUCUUACAAUCUUUGAUUUGUCGACAAAUAAUUUCACUGGUCCAAUCCCUAUUUCUAUAUGUCACUUGGCCAACCUCACACUUUUAUCAGUUUUUCGGAAUCAACUUACUGGUGUCAUCCCUCAAGAUAUUGGAAAGCUAAGGUCUUUAGAUACCUUAUAUAUGUCUGUAAACAAACUCACUGGUUCAAUACCUGCAUCAGUGGGUAAUUUGAGAAAUUUAACUCUUUUAUCUCUUUUUACAAAUGAGUUAAAUGGUUCAUUACCGAUAGGAAUAAACAAUCUAACGCUGCUGAAUGAACUGAGUUUGGGCGAUAACAAGUUCUCUGGUUAUUUACCCCAAAAUGUUUGUCAAAGCGGAAUUCUUGAGCAAUUUGUAGUAAAUGAUAACCAUUUCACGGGUCCUAUACCAAGAAGUCUUAGAAGUUGCACCAGUCUUAGGCAUCUAGAUCUUACAUCUAAUGAACUGGUAGAUGAUGUAACGGAGGCAUUUCACGUGUAUCCGCAUCUAUAUAGGCUCGGUGUGGGUAACAAUAUGUUGUAUGGUGAACUUUCAAAAGACUGGGGGAAAUGUCAAAAUUUGACAGCCAUUUCUUUCGCAGGCAACAAAAUCACUGGUAAAAUACCAUCAGAAAUGGGAAACUUGAUGAUUUUAAGUCAACUUUAUCUUUUUUCAAAUAACUUAGUAGGAGAAAUUCCUAAGGAGUUGUUGAAAUUAUCUUCAUUGAUUGAGUUAGAUUUGAGUAAUAAUCAACUUUCCGGUAGGUUAUCUUCCACAGUUGGAAUGUUAUCCAACCUGCAAUUACUCGAUUUAUCCAGAAAUAAACUCAUCGGAUCAAUACCCAAACAACUAGGGCAGUGCUCAAGGUUAUUAUCUUUGAAUUUGAGCUCAAACAAUUUUAGUGAGAGCAUCCCACCUUACAUCGGAAACUUGGAUUCGUUACAGAUUUUAUUAGAUCUUAGUUACAAUGAGUUGAGUGGAGAGAUUCCAUCAGCUCUGGGAAAACUAAGCAAACUGAUAAAACUCAAUUUAUCCCAUAACAAGCUUUCCGGCUCAAUUCCAUCCUUAUUUGAUCAAAUGCUUAGUUUGAACAUUAUCGAUAUUUCGUUCAAUGAGUUGAGUGGUCCUAUUCCAAAUAUCAAGGCUUUUGAGGAUGCUCCAAUUGAUUCAUUGAGGAACAACAAAGAGUUAUGUGGUAAUAACUCUCGAGUUUUAAAACCAUGUAAUUCCUCGGUUGUUACUGGAAGAAAAGAGGCCAAACAUAGUAAACUUGUGCUAAUAAUCCUUCUUCCUUUGUUUGGUACGUUGUUUCUUUUAUUCGUACUCCUCGCCAUCUUGUUCCGCCUUCGAAAAAAAUCGGUAAGAAAUGCUGCGCCGACAGAUCAAGAUAGAGGUACCGGUACCCAAAGAAAUUUAUUUUCCAUUUGGAAUUACGACGGUAAAAUAGUUUUCGAGCAUAUAAUAGAAGCGACCGAGAAUUUUGAUGCAAAAUACUGCAUUGGAGCGGGAGGAUAUGGGAGCGUUUACAAAGCAGAGUUGUCAACUGGUCAGGUUGUUGCUGUCAAGAAACUUCACUCGUCAGAUGAAGAAUCUGAGAUAUCUGAUCUCAAGUCAUUCGAAAGUGAAGUCCAUGCAUUGACAGAAAUCCGACAUCGGAACAUUGUGAAACUUUUCGGUUUCUGUUCUAAUCUUCAAAGGAGAUUUUCAUUUUUGGUUUAUGAGUUCGUGGAAAGAGGAAGUUUGAAAAAUGUUUUAUGCAAUGGGGAACAAGCAGUGGAGUUCGAUUGGAUAAAGAGGGUGGGAUUUAUCAAGGGAACAGCUAGUGCACUUGCUUACAUGCACCAUGAUUGCAUUCCAGCAAUAAUUCACAGGGAUAUAUCUAGCAAUAAUAUUUUGUUGGAUGCUGAAUAUGAAGCUCGAGUUUCUGAUUUUGGUACGGCCAGGAUUUUGAAGCCAGAUUCAUCAAAUUGGACUUCACUUGCAGGAACCUACGGAUAUGUUGCUCCAGAGCUUGCCUAUACAAUGAAGGUGACCGAGAAAUGUGAUGUUUAUAGUUUUGGGGUGAUCAUAUUAGAAGUACUUAUGGGAACACAUCCGUCUGAAUUGAUCACGUUGCUCUCGCAAAUUCUUCUUUCAUCUCCAUCAUUGAGUAAUAUGGGGCAAAACAUAAGAUUGAGAGACAUCUUGGACCCAUGCCUUGGAGCACCAUCAGAUAUUCUGAAGAAAGAAAUAAUGUACAUCGUGAAGGUUGGAUUCUCAUGCUUACGAGGUGAUCCAAGUACUCGGCCAACUAUGCAAGAAGUAGCAGUAGAGCUAUCAUUGUCGUCUGCUCAGAGCAGGGCAAGUUUAGAGAAGCCUUUUGAAAUGCUUACAUUAGGAGACAUUUUGUUGUCAUAAAAAUUUGUGUAACCCAGUCAUCUUCUUAUUUUCUUUUCGUUUUGUUGUCAUAAUAAAUUAUUCAGUUAUGAGCUUCUUUUUUU